GUGCGUCAUAAUAACCGUUUGAUCAAUGUUACAGAACCGCACGAUUGGUUUUAAAUCCAUAAAUAUGUAUCAAGCCCGCUAGCUACGAUGUUUUCUAAACUUUUAACAGUCAAGGAAUUCGGGUGGUUUUAUAUCGCCUGAGAAAUAGAAACUACCGUGAACCCAUGUUCGACUGGCUAGCUAGCACGAUCGAAAGGACUCGGAUACGAUCAUGCUAUGUGACUGCAUGAGUUUAAUCAAGCUUUCUUUACACUUGUGGAAUUGUAUCUUGUGACUGUCAACUUUUGGAUUAGUGAAGAUUUGGAUUGACCAUCGCACGUUGCCUGUCCACCAUCAUGCUGAGUGACGUGGAGGCAAAAGAGCUGCUGUCCUUCCUCACCCUGAACACCAGGCCGGAUGUCAAGGGCCAGGCCACAGAGUACAUCCUGGGCCUAUCUGGCAACAGGGACGGCUGUCGCUACCUACAGUCAAAACCUGACUUCCUUAAAGCCCUGGUGACCCUCACCACCGACCCCUCUAUCGCUAUCGUCAAAGACUGUUACCACUCUCUCAUCAACCUCUCGGCUGACGAGACCAUGCACCAACCGCUGGUGAAAGACGCUGACUUCCUCCCUAUGUUGUUUAAAAAUCUCCUGGACCGAGAGUUUAUGUUUGCAGACCGUAUCUGUACAAUCCUCACUAACCUGUCGCGGCAUGUGAAGACGUGUAAAGAGGUGUUUAAGGCUAUGCAGGAGCAGGAGAUAGGUCUGACACAGAUAGUGGAAAUCUUCUGCACUGAGGGCUACAACAAGCAGGUGUCACUCCAUUACCUGGGCCCCCUCCUCUCCAACUUGACACAGCUGCCCGAGACCAGACACUUUAUCCUGGAUAGGGAGAGGUGUGUAGUGCAGAGACUCCUUCCCUACAUACAAUACGAGGCCUCCACAAUCAGACGAGGGGGAGUCAUUGGCACUCUGAGAAAUUGUUGCUUUGACCAUGCUCAUCAUGAGUGGUUGCUGAGUGAUGCAGUGGACAUUCUGCCUUUCCUGUUGCUGCCUCUCGCUGGGCCUGAGGAACUGUCUGACGAGGAGAAUGAAGGGUUGCCCGUCGACCUCCAGUACUUGCCCGAGGACAAGAAAAGAGAGGAGGAUCCCGACAUUCGCAAGAUGCUCAUUGAGACCAUGAUACUGCUGACUGCUACCAAAGUGGGCCGGCAGUUUCUGAAGGCCAAGAACACCUAUGCCAUCAUGAGGGAGUUCCACAACUGGGAAAAGGAACCUCACGUGGCCGCUGCUUGCGAGAAGUUUAUACAGGUGCUGAUCGGGGACGAACCGGAGCCAGGCAUGGAGAACUUGUUGGAGGUGGAGAUUCCUGAGGAUGUGGCGGUGAAGCUCAAAGACAUGGAUGCCAAGGAGCAGGAGCAGUUGGAGAAGGACCAGGAAGAUCUGUUAAAUCCAGACAAGCCCCAGCAGUGUGCUGGCAUAGUGAGGAUGAUGUAGCAGAGAGGUCUUUUCUACAUUUCAUCUGAGCCACCAUCUGAUGAACAAUGGAACCCAACCAACUGCUGACUGGAACGAACAGAAGAUAAUUCUC